AUGCCACCUUCAAUCCCUACCCACUCUACUCCACAAUCCAUGCAACAGCAUGUAGCCCAGGGACACACCUCACCGACAGACUCAAACCACUUUCCUAAACCAAAUGAAAUAGAUGAAACAACUCCAAUUCGAUAUCUCGUGUGCGACAGGAGGAUUGAUCAUCCGUCUCCAUACAUAAAUCCGAUCCUCAGGGCAGCAUAUGGACAGGGACCAGAGCCCACAUCCCACUACGGACCGGACCUUUAG